AUGGAGCAAAUUGUCCUGUGACCAGAUAGUGUGGACAUGUUCACAAAGUCCUAGGUAUAUUUAUUAUAUAUAAUUGCCAAUGAGAAUAUUUUAUUUACUCAUGCAUGUUUUAAUUUCAUGCUCAGAGAGGAGAAGGAGCUCUGGAUCCGAGCAAAGUACGAGCAGAAGGUGUUUUUGUGUCCUUUGCCCACGUCAGAUGUACCACUUGGUCAGCAGCUUCUGCGGGCAGUCGUUGAGGAUGACUUGCGAAUGGUGGUCACCCUCCUUGCUCAUGGUACGAAGGAAGAGGUAAACGAGACCUAUGGCGAUGGUGAUGGUCGCUCAGCACUACAUCUGGCAGCAGCUAUGGCCAACGUGGUGUGCACACAACUUCUUAUUUGGGUGAGACAAUAGAGUAAAUAAAUAAACAUGAGUUUAAUAUUGGGCAUUGUGUUGUAUCUCCCUCAUUAACUCUUUUCCAUUGUGUAUUAUGUUCCUUUUUCCAGUACGGUGUGGAUGUUAAAUGCUGUGACGCUCGUGGUCUUUCCCCAAUUGCUUAUGCUCGACGAGCUGGAAGCACAGAGUGCGUUGAUAUUCUGCUCCAAUAUGGCUGUCCAAGUGAUGGCUGCAGUCCUACUCCUGGCCUGUAG